AUGAGUCAUCUGAAUAUCCUCAUCCGACCCGUGCUCUUCCUUCUCAUCGUCGCUGCUCUCUCCCACGCAUAUAGCGGAAAAGGAAAACGUUCGUUGGGUAGUCUAUCUGGGGAAGGAAUGGGAAACUUUUUGGUGGGCAAAGAUGGGAAACUGCAUCGCAAAUGCAAAAAGCCAUCUUCGGCGGGGAAACAAAAGCGUUCAUUGGAUAUUUGGCAUGGGCAAAUGGGUGAAAUGUUGGUGGGCAAAGAUGGGAAACUGCACCCGAAGUGCAAGGGGCCAGCGUCGGGAAAAGCAAAACGUUCAUUGGAUAUUUUUGAUGGUGGAAUGGGAGGAGAAAUGAAACUUCUCGCCCAGCCAAAGCCAACCAGAAUGCCCAAUAAUGCUCGCAAGAAUGGGGACGGGACGGUGCCUCAUGUGAAGCUGUCUCUGGAUAUUCGACCCAGUGACGAGGGCGAGAUGGAGAAGCCUUCGAAAAGAGCCCUGGACUCGAUGGAGGACGGUUUCGGAUUCAAGAAGAAGCGAGCGCUCGGCAGUCUCGAUGGGGCUGGCUUUGGAUUUGACAAACGCGCACUCGACAGCAUGGACGGUGCCGGUUUUGGAUUCGACAAGCGCGCACUUGGAAGCCUUGACGGCGCCGGAUUCGGUUUUGACAAGCGAGCCCUAGGCAGCCUCGACGGAGCCGGUUUUGGCUUCGACAAGCGAGCUCUCGGCAGCCUCGACGGAGCUGGUUUCGGUUUCGACAAGCGAGCACUUGGCAGUCUGGAUGGCGCUGGUUUUGGCUUUGAUAAGAGGGCACUUGACUCACUCGACGGCAAUGGAUUGGGAUGGGCAAAGCGCUCCCGGCAGCACAGGAUUAUGGGAUUCGGCAGUCGAGCUGGCGCCCUCGGAUUCCGCGCGUUGAAC